CUGUGCCCACUCAUGUAGAUCACACAGCAUUUUCUCGUCAUGAUCACCCUCGCCCUGUCAUAGCUGUGCCUCGUAUUCCGCGCUCGGCGUUCGAUGUCCGCUCCGUCUUUGGCCGUUUAUUCGUUUCCUGACCAUGGUUAACUUUGAGCCAAAGCACGAGACAGGGGCUGGAGGGUAUCCAAGUUCCAGACUUGCCCCUCACAACGCCUCAUUGUAUCCUCUUGUGAAAUCCCACCGUCCAUAUCUCUUCAGUCAGCCACCACCACCAUCUCCGCAGCAUCUUUUCUGCUGUGCCCGCAUCUUUCCUGCAAUCCUCUCCGCUUCUUCGACGGGCAGUGCCCUCUCGUUCUUCACUUCUAGAUCCCUGCUGGUUCAGGCCUUCGAACUGGUUUCCGAAACACUACAGUAGUUCCGAGCCUGCCUACUGCUUACGUGCUGGCUGUGGACCCCCAACUCGAGGCUUCAUAACCAUACAAGUUCUUCUGCUCCCACUCCGCCCACGCCUCACUUCCUUCCGAUCACGCUUCUGGCUGCGCCACCAUCCCCUAGAGUCCUGCCGACAUUCUUUCUCCUCUCGUUUCUAUAGUACCCUGUGGUAUAUAUUACCCCUCCCCUAGCCUCCUUAUCAUCCUUCUCCCUCUUGUUCUCACCCACACUUUACUCUCUUUACCUUCUGCGCUCCCCUUACCAUCUCACAAUGCCUAACCGCUUCACGCAGCACGCCGACGACUCUGCCCGUCUCCCAGAGGGCAUGAGACGCAUCGCGUACGACGCCGACUCAGAGCGCUACACCUUCCGCGACCACUCUGGCCAGCUCUACCAAUCUCACCCGGGCAACACAUACGGCGAGCUCGUCGCAGUCGACGCACCCCUCCCUCCUCGUCGCAGGGUAACCAUCACAGAGCGCAACAGGCCCACCCCAAAGCGCACCCACGGCCCCGUUAAAUCAUUCGACGACAUCCUCACCCGCAACUACAUCGCCCCCGCCCCCGCCCCCGCCGCCGAACCCACCGCGAGCGGCAUCCCCGGCACCGCCCCAUCCAGCGAGGCCCUCAAACGCGCCGCAUCCGGCGUCAUGCGCCGCUCGCGCACACUCAUCCAGCGCAAACGCCCCGGUAUCAUCCCUUCGGACUCGGAGCGCCGCGGCCUCCUCGACACCGACGAAAAAGCGUCCUUCUACUCCGGCCGCUCGAGCACGCUCGUCGGCGACGCCGCGUCGACGUAUUCGUACGCAUACGACGACGACGAGAAGGCGCCGCUCCGCACGCCGAGCGUGCGCAGCCACAACGCGAACGCGACGCCGUCCGGCAUGGGUAGUCUUGGGCGGUGGACGAGUCUGCGCCGCGCGCUGCCUGAUGUGCCGACGGAGCAGCCCCGCGUGGGUGCGGGCGGUUCGGGGGUCGAGCGCCAGGCGACGAAGGGCCGUGCGAGGGUGCCUGUUAAGGCGUGAUUCGUUGGCUGGGAGCGAGUGUGUGGUGGGCACGGUGGUGGUGGAGGUGCGGUGCUUUCUGAUCGUAAUUGAAUAAUUUCUGCGCUGUUUUUUCGUGGUUCGUAUAGUCAAAGCAUGUAUAGUAGCAUAUGGAUUUCUGCCCGUUCGAAUGGUCAGCGAGGUGUGAGCUGAUGCCUAAAGACGACGGUACGCGUAAUGACAUGGCAC